UUGUAAACAAUUCGAGUCAGUUUUUAGCAAACCAGCCGUAAAAUAGUGACCAUGAAUUGCAACUUUUUCACAUGUACAGUAUAAGACAGAAUAGAAUAAUAAUGGUCAAAAAGGCAAUGCAAGACCAAGUCAGUAUCGGCUUAUUUUGGCUGAAACUUUUAGUAAAAGUCCUUUGAAGCGCAGCAAUAUAAAAGCAGCCGUUUUUUAUAUUAAAGUCCCCACAUUGUAUAAUAUGUUAAUUGCCUGAUGACGGUAAGAUCCACUCUUUUGAAAAGUUAAACUGGAAACGACAAUUACCGAGGAAGUCCUUCGUCAAUCGACUGAGUAGAACUGUCUAAAUUAGCGCAUGCGCAAUUCAUCCUCAGCCUGCCUCGGUAAGGGUGUCGAUUCUCAAGCUGGAACAUUGGAGGAAAAAGAUACUGUAUUUUUACACACAAAACAGGCUCAAAGAAACGGAUGUGCUUCAGAAAACGCAACGGCUACCGCCCUCCAGAUCGUUUUAAUGCAAAAAUUGAGAGGUCCAAGGCCUGCGGGGGGAUGACAUGCAUGUGUCCAGGCAAUUAACAUCAUUGAGGAUUUUAAGACUAGUAGGCUGCCCUCCGUCAAGCCAUGAUGGACAUUCUGUACACAGGCCCUAUCCCGGCAGACCGCGAGUCUCCGAUGGCACGGAGCGAAACGUCCCCCAGCCGCGCCCAGCAUCCCUCCCCCACACAGAAACCCAACACCAGCUGCUUCUGCUGGUGCUGCUGCUGUAGCUGCUCAUGUCUCACUGUUAGGAGUGAAGAUGACAAGCGCGGGUGGAGGAAAGCCCAAGAGACCAAGCUGGAGCCCUUUCCAUGUGAAACUUGCACCAAACCAACCGUAGAAGAGAUUAAACAGUGGGCGCAGUCUUUUGAUAAGAUGAUGAAGAACCCGGCGGGACGGAACAAGUUCCGCGAGUUCCUGCAGACAGAGUACAGCGAGGAGAACAUGCUCUUCUGGCUGGCCUGUGAAGACCUGAAGAAAGAGAUGAACAAGAGCUGCAUCGAGGAGAAAGCGCGCUUGAUCUAUGAAGACUACAUCUCUAUUCUCUCACCCAAAGAGGUGAGUCUGGACUCUCGAGUGAGGGAAGUGAUCAACAAGAAGAUGCAGGAACCGACCCCUCACAUAUUUGAAGACGCACAGCUGCAGAUCUACACGCUCAUGCACAGAGACUCCUACCCACGAUUCCUCAACUCCUCCAUCUACAGAUCACUGGUGCAGGGAGGGUCACGCUCUUCGUCCGAGUCAUAGAAACCCUCUCACUCCCCACCUAACCCAUUACUCUCCAUUGCACAACCACUUGAGGAUAAAGUACUUUUUCGUGUCGUCAUGGUUGGAUUAUAAUUUUUGUUUAUUUUUUCUUUAGUUGUUUUUUUUUGGUCAGUGUUGCCAUUUUUGAGGGAACCCCUCGUUUUUUUCGCCGUUUCUUCUAAACCUGCACAGGCUCAAACUGGAACACAGGGUUGAAAAUGCAGUUUUGUAAGCUCUCCGUUCCUGUUCCAUCACUCCACGUAUGUGGCAGCAGCUACAUCAGCAUCCACUACUGAUUUUCGCAGCCAUCUUCUGACUUUUUGUUUCUGUUAUGUGUGCACACGUGUACAUGUCGUAAGUCUUUUAUCAUCUUCUGACGUCUCUGGAUGAUGAGAGCUGAAAGGGCCUCUGCAAUAACAUACACUGGAGUGGCCUGACCAGUCAGCUUCUCUCACCUCAGCCUUCACUUCACUGACCCGUCUACUGUCUCCGUGCUCUGAUUGGCUUUCGAAGCGAGGAGCUGAGAUGUGAUUGGCUGGUGGAUCGUAAUAAGAGAAUAGUGCUGAAUAAAGAGGUACAAAUAAAUAUAUAUACAGGAUAUUAGAAUGCUAAAUAAUUUACAGGCUCAGAAGGAAUCUGACAUUUUUUUUCACAUAUUCUGUGCUGAUUUUGGGAGAAAAUUCAGAUUCAGUAACUCAAAAUAUUUAAGAAAGGAAAAUCGAGAGUGGAUGUGUACUCGAAAGACGUUUAUUGUUUAGAUAUCUGCAAAGCUUUCUGCACAUUUUCUGUGUGGGCCUGUCAAUUUCUAAGAACUGAUAUAAACAAAAAAAAGAAGGUUCACCAAUUUUAGAAAUUAAAAAAACAUGAGAGAUGAGAGAAUGCCAGGGUCUUAAUUAGACUGGUCACUCACAUUUAAAAGAGUAUUUUUAAUGUUAUUUAUUUUGUUAAACUGUGAUUCGUUUUUUCUUGUACAUAUAUUAAAGACGAUCUGCAAAAGAUGCGACAUACUGAGCGAGCUCUUAGUCCUGAGUGCUCAAUAGAGCUGUAUCUGUCUCUCACUGUAUGUUUGCAUGUGUUUGUGUGAAGUUGUAUGGUGUGAGUUUCUCCGGCACCUCCUGUAGGUAGUUUAAGGUACUGCCAUCGAGCGUAUUACACGGACCGCUUUCUCUCAGUCUCAGUCUGUUUCACUUGAGCUCUCAAAGCUGUUUCUCAGUGUUCUUGCCUUUUCUUCAUACUAAAAGACAAAAGCGGCCAAAUCACGCGAUCUUAAAGUCAACACGAAAUAUUUUCAUGCAAAUUUCAUCAGUUCAGGUUAUUCCAAAGAAAUGCUCGUCUUUGUAAUGUUUCAUCUAAAUGUAAUACCUGGCUCCGCCUCUUUAAUGUCCCUUCUGUUCGCUGUUGGUAAAUGUUAACCUAUAGCUAACCUAUAAAGAUAACCUAUAAAGUAAUGCUGAUAUUUAAAAAUACGCCACGUAACUUAGUAAUUAAACAAUGGAUAAUGUUAGUGUAACAAGGUGUACGGCAAUGAUAGCAAACAGCGAUAGAUUUAAAGGAACAGUUCAUCCAAAAAAGUGGAAAUUCUGUCAUUUACUCACCUUCAAGUUGUUCCAAAUCUGUAUAAAUGUCUUUGUUCUGUUGAACACAAAAUGAGAUAUUUUGAAGAAUGUAGGAAAGCAAACAAUUCUGGGGCACUUUUGACUUCCAUUGAAAUUGUUCCUACUGUGGUAGUCAAUGAUGGCCAAGAACUGUUUGGUUACAAGCAUUGGAAAAAACAGGUUUGGAACAACUCGAGGGGGAGUAAAUGAUGACAGAAUUUUUAUUUUUGGGUGAAGUGUCGCUUUAAAGAAUUAGAGCCUUCUUAAAAAUGACAUGAUUCAGUGCGGGUAGUUUUCACGAGCCAAUCAAUUCCCGAUUGAGAAAAUCAUGUCACGGCCCACAUUUUAUUUCUGUUUUUCAAGAACAUGUCGCAUUACAGCUAAAACAGUUUGCGAACAAUGUUUUGUUUUGACUGUUUUGGGUAGAAUCACAAAAUCAGAGAAUUUCACUUAGACAAAUCUCAAAGCAGAGCGCUCACUCCUGUAACAAACAUUGAUUCACAAACACACAUGUUCAAGACUUUAUAAAAAGUAAAUCAUUUUUCAUGACUGUUCUCGGAAACAGAAUCUGAGUUUAAGUCAAGGGGCAUCACAGCACCGUCACAGGUUUAUACAUCUAUGGUAGUGAUCUGUAACUACAGAAUUAAAUUAAAAUGUGCAAGACAUUAAAAUACACAAUCAUUUCAACAAUAUUUAUCCCAGUGUCUUUAACAAGACCAAAUCAGUUGUUCACACUCAAAGCAAAAAUGAUACACAACACAAUGACCACUGUUACAAAGAAUCAAAGAGCUGCUGUAAAACAAAGAUUAAACAGUAUAAAAAAGAAUUGUGUUGGAAUUAUUUAAAAUGAUAAAAAGUGUAAUGCUCAGAUAAAGUAAUUUCAGUGUUACAGUAACUUUAACAUAAUACAUCAUGUAUAGAAUAUACUGAGGGAUAUCAGAUGAUUGGACUGAUGUUAACAUCGUGAGAUCUGCUUGAAUGUUUGUAUUUUUAAGCAUUUCAUAAUGUGAAUCUGAAAUCAAUCGGUUCUGUGCCAGUGGGUCCACAAUUAUCAAUCUUAAGAGUUAAGCCAUGUUCAUACCAAGAAAAAUAACUACAACCACACCAAUGGCUGAUAAUAAAGCUUGUGCGCUGCAGUUUGAUCCAUUUAAAUAGAUUUUGAUUGUUUGUCAGUGGGGUUUUUUUAGCUGGAAAAAUCACUCUGCAAUUGAUCACAUCGGUAAUGUUCAUCUGUAUCUUUAAAGUUAUAGCUGUGGUGCUAUUUUAAUCAUUUGUUUUAGUUAUAACCAUCAUUUUGGGUGUGAAAGGGCCUUCAGUCUUUUCUCAGCACUGAUCAGAAUAUUGAUUUGUGAGUAUAUGUGUGUGUUGAAUCGCAUGUCCACGUCCACUGGAGGUUUUUAUUUUUCCUUAGCCUUGAUCAUUAGUGGUGGUUUGACCAGUCCAAACUGAUCUGAGACCAGUACUUGAGACAAUUCUCAAACAGCGUCACGACUGUCAUUUCACAUUGAAAUAGAUAAAAUCAUCCACGCCUGUAAGCCCUGGUACUUUCAGGAUUCGCUUCUUUGUAAAUAUAUUCUUACAGUAAGAUAUACAAACUAUAUUCAAUCAAGCAAGUUUUAAAGACAGAAUUUACCAACAGUGAGAAUUUAUACGAUUUAGGUAUUUGGCAAUGUUGUCAAACACAAUGUAGAGGAACUUCAUGUACUGUAGUACCAAAAAUAACGGAUGCCUUUAUUUUUUCUUUUGGAUUCAGUAGUUGCGCAUGAAGAUGUACAUUUUUGAAUGAUUUGUGUAAUAUACAUGUAUAUUUGAAUAUAUAUGUACAUUAACAUAUAUUUAGUAUUGCUCUUAUUGUCCAACAUGAUGUGACCAGUCUAACUUAAGCCAGAUGGAUUUCUGAGUGUGAGUGUGUGUGUAUGUUUGUGUGAUUAAAUGUGAACUUUCAUACAAGACAAUGGGAGAGAGAAAUCCGUUUCACUGGGGCCUUGUGCCGUUCCAGAAAUUAUUUCCGGGUUGAGGUGGGAAAUAUCCUAAAUCCGAGGUGUCUCGAAUGCAGCAGUAGUCACAUGGUUACGGAGUCAUGUUCCUUCACAUUUCCAACCUGAACAUGAAAGGCUUCUGAUUCCUUUGCAAAUCGCUGUCAGUGCGGACGCAUCACAUCAUAUGACACAACAAAUCUGAACACUUCAGUUGUAAGCAACAAAACCGUAUACGCUGCGAGCACACAAAGUCGAUACGUUAACAAAAUCGCUUGCAGUGUAAAUGACUUUGUUGUGGCGUUUUAACAUGUUACAUCAUUAUCUUGCGAUAUACACCGUGUUCCCGUUACAGCAUAUUCAUCCCGUCUUUCAAGUGAACAAGGCUGCACAGGGCAGAUGGGACUUUUACAAACAUGUAACGGAUUGGAGAGACUCUGACCUAGAGCUGCUCAUGUUUACAUUGAUUUCUUUAAGGUGCCAAAUGAAUCUACAGUAGCCUUCUGAAAGUCUCAAAACAACUAAAGGACAGUUGUGCAAGCGUGUGAAUGCAAGAUGAGUCUGUGUCAAUGACUGACAAUGACAAUGUUUCCAUCAUCUGUAUUACGUGUUUAUUCUGCAUCGCACCACACCACCAAAUUGUCACAAUUUCAUAUUUUUAAGAAAUUACUUUUUUGUUUUAACAACUGUGCAUAUCACAUGCCAGCCUCAAGUUCACACACUGUAAACUCACAUUUAUUUACAUUCUCUCCGGUUGCUCUGUGAGAUUCUCUCGUAGUAUCAUAAUACAGCACAGCGCCAUUAUACAGCAAACUCGUGGACUUCUAAGUACACUUAUUUAUUGACAUUAGCAUUAUAUUUUGUAUUAAAAUAAACCGAGUUAUGUUUUAAAAAGCAUGUUUGCUGGGCCGUUUGUUUGUUUGUGGCCAUUACUGCGUAACCUCUCCUCGACUCUUGGGUGCCAAUGGCAGGGCGCCCUCUUCAGGUUGUGGUUGGGAUGGACUUGCGGUCCCUUAUUAACAAACCAGGCCAGCUCAUUACCAGUAUUCAAAUAAAUAUUUUAAAAAGAAGAUAUGAUUAUAAUAAUAAAGACAAUUGUGCUAUUAUUCAUUCGCAGCUUUCCAAGAGAUUUACUGUGACCUCCAAAAAGGACUUUGAUACUAUGCCAGCACUUCACAUAUAAAUGUGCUUUGAAGAGUGGCAUAAAAGACAUCAACCCAGGGUCACAAAUGUUACUGACAUGGGAUUCUUUAGGGAUAGUUCACCCAAAAAUUUAAAUUCUGUCAACAAGUGUGGAACCCAUUGACUUGCAUUGGUUUUGUGCCCGUACAGUAGAAGUGAAUGGGUUGGGUACCACCGUUGUUUGGUUACCAACAUUCAUUAAAAUAUCUUCUUUUGUGUUCUGCAGAAGAAAGUCAUACAGUUUUGAAAUGAUGCCAAGUAUGAAUAGCCUAAGAUGGUAAUAUGAUCAACUGUCUCUUUAAAUAGCAUUUACUCUAAGCUUGACUCCCUUCUCCACAUCUGGUUUUGGUUUUAGGAAGUUGUCAAAUGCUUUUGGUAUAUUUUCGGUUGCUUAAUACUAUUGCGUUUUAAAUACAAAAGUGUGAUUCUUUUUUGGCUCCUUAAAGGGAUAGUUCACCUGAAAAUGAAAAUUCUGUCAUCAUUUUGUCACCAACAUGUCAUUCAAAACCUGAAUAUGAGUGCAGAAUACAAAAGAAGAUAUUUUGAAGAAUGUCAGUAUCAAUACAACAUAGGACUCCAUUAACUUCCAUUGGAUGGACACAAAAAUUAUGAUUUUUUAUUUUUGGGGUAGACUAUCUCUUUAAUUUCACAUUAAGUCAUGAAUGUCACAUUGGUUAAGAGCUUACCAUGUCUUAUUAAGUAUUGAGUUGAUAAACUUUCAACAGCCGGUCUAACCCUGACUUUAUACCCAAGCCGAUGUGACUGUCGAGGGCUUUAACGCCGGAUGAGUUUAAAACUCUUUCUCAGGCUUUAUCAUUCUCAUUGGCAGCACGCAUGGAAAUAUGAUCAUAUUGCCAAAACAAACAUGGGUACCCUAUACCCGCUGCCUUUCCUGUGUAGGUGACCGCUGACUGAAAUGACUGAAUGUAACUGCAUGUAUCAGCAUCUGAUGACUACCAUUUAAACAUCUGUGUGUUGCAUAAACUUCAAAUGUAUGACUAAAAAAAAAAAGGCUAAAACUGCGAGAAGGAAAUACCGAUACAGAAAGACAUUUCAUUCCUCCCCCUUCAAGUUCCACAAACAUUCCUUCAGUCAAACAUGAGGCUCAGUUAACAUUGACAUUCCAAGUUGGUGGUAGAUGUUCGCAGCGAUAAGAGAUGAACAGAGAUUAUUAACUUAUGGAAACAGGAAUAUCGCAAUAAAAGGGAUCAGUUACAUCAUAAAUGAGGAAAAAAGACCCUUUACUAGACCAAUAAACAUGAGAAACUUCUCAUAAGAUGUUCGCAUAAUAUGUGACAGUUGCUAGAAAGCGACUCCUAGGGCUUGCUCUUUAAAACUUUGCGUAGACUUCAUGCUUCUUAUAAAUCCUAACGAUUAGCAAAAUAUAAAAUAAGCAAGCAUUCUAAAAUUAUAAAUACAAAAUAAUUAACAUAGCUCACACUAUACAGUACACAGUACACUUGUAAUCCGCUGUCUUUUUGUCAUAGCUCUGUACACAAGACCUAUAUGGUCAAACGGCUGUUGCAAGCAACCGCAAUAAAAGUUAAAUUGACAAUUUUUCAUCAUUUAUAUCUUGCAGUUUCAAACCUGUAUGUUUUUCUUUCUUCUGCAGAACACAAAAGCAGGUAUUUUGAAGAAUGUUGGUAACCAAACAACAUUGACCCCCAAAGAGUACCUCAGAGAUGACGUAGGCUAACCCGGAAGUUAGCGCUGCGCUGG